AUGGCGAGCUUCGUCAGCAUACCAUCUUCUACUCCGCUGUUGACACCGACCCCUCAUCUCUUCCCUCGUCGCUCCAUUUCUACCCAAACCCAACUCAAGAACGGUUGGGCUCGGCGAUUGCUGGUUCUUCGAGUGAAGUGCGUUCCGGAUCAGAGUGGAGAUACGGAAGUGGAAGCAGAGACGGCGUCGUUGUCAACGUCAUCUUCUUCUACUCUUUCGGACAUUUCAUCAUUCAAUUGGUAUGCAGCUCUUGGGGGAUUGGGGUUUCUGGAGACUACAUACUUGACAUACCUCAAGCUCACUAAUUCCGAAGCUUUUUGCCCAAUUGGCGGUGGCACUUGCGGUGACGUCCUCAGCAGUGACUAUGCCGUUGUUUUUGGUAUUCUCUUCAUCUUAUUUGUCACAUUAAGUUGUGCCAUUGCUCUAAGCUUGCUUACAUUUAUCUAUUUGCGUCAGUGA